AAUCGACACGAUAUAAAAUUCUCGCGUUCUGCAGUUUUAUUUUUCAAUUUUUAGUUAUGAUUUUGUUAUAAAAUGGCGGUGUACACCGCGAUUCUUUCCAACCGAUCUGAAAAGAAUUCCGAGAGCAAAGCUGAAGCUAACGUGAAAAAGAAUUGCUUCGAACAGACACUCACGGACGACAAUCUCUGUCCAUUCAAGCUACAAUGGUCUUUCGGGAUAAAUCCGGAAGCGCCGGUGAUAAAUCUAACUACAGAAAAUCGCACAUUAUUAGCGUACGCCUGCUCACACGUGGCUAUGAUAUAUGACUAUGAUUCAAGGAAAAUGCUGUCGCUUCAAGGCCAUGUCGGUACACGAUUGCCGCAUGGAAGCGAGGGCAUGACAGCCGCUCGUAUCAGUCCUGACGCUAAACAAAUAGUCACUGUUGGCAACGAAAAGUGUCAGAACGUAUAUUUCUGGCUAUGGACUAACGGAAGGGACACACCGGAUGCAUCAGUUUCGUUACUCGACACUACUUCCGAACGCGUUAAGGAGAUAGCUUUCAACGAUGAGUAUCCGGAACAAUUUGCAUUGACGACAGAUUAUCACGUUCUUUUUCUAACUUGGAAUGGACGUGAUUUAAACUACAAUCAUCCUAAAGUUAUGGCGAAAAUUCGGCACGUUGGAAUCUUUAAUGGAUCUUGUUACGCUCCAAGUGUGCAACAAGUAUUUACAGCAACUACAAAUGGAUACAUUUUAGUAUGGACUAAUGUUUCGCGUGAGGACGAGCAUUCAAUUAGUGGUCUUAAUGAUGAAAGGAAGAAACACAUAAAGACUGUCAAUUUACAGAAUUGCAGUAUCACUGUUAUUACUACUAAUAAAGAUAUGCUUGUUACGGGAAGCUCGAAUGGUCGUAUUAGUUUCUACGAUUAUCAAUUAAGACUUUUGUAUUGGUGCCAGAGCUGCGACCUCGAUUCCAUUCGAUGGAUAAGCUUCAAUCUUCAUCCCAGUUUGCUAGUCCCGAUGUCUGCCGAUGCAUCGGAAAAUUAUGACUGUCAGAAUGAUGGCAAAACGGAGGUAACAGUCGCGUCCAAACUUGAUAUAAAUGUGGAAUAUAUUCCACAAAACUACAGAUCAUGCAAUAAAACUGUGGAUAAGAUAACUACAGAAGCAAGAUAUUCGCCAACAGAGGCUACUCUGCAGAACUUCCCGUUUAAUAUCCAAACUUUUCUAGCGUGUAAAACUUUCAUUCAAUUAAUGAACUUAUAAUUAGUAACUCUUAAUUGUAACACAAUCAAC